AUGUCCCUAAAUGGGGGAGAGGUGGAUCUGACGGAGAGUCUUGUGGAUUGUGGUUUGGGGAGUAGUAAGGGUUUGGACGCCUACCACUCCCCGGCUACAUCGGCGACUAGUUUCGACUCAGAAGGCUCUGUGGAUGACUCAUCAGCAACGAAGUUGCUCAUUGUGGGAGAGUGUACGGAGGAAGAGAAAAAGGCGUUGGCUGAUAGAAGCGACAAGCCGCUGGUGGUUGCUGGUUGGAUCACUGAAGAGAUCACCAGAGCCUCUUUGGAGGGCAUUCUACUGGUCAGCUUGGUGCCCUUCCCGUUUCCCUUUGCUCAAAUGGUGGCCGCCCUGUUGGUGGUUUUCCUGCUUAUAUUACCAAUGAUGGUGUUGAGGAUGACUCAGAGUACUGUCCUGUCGCCGAUCCUCUCAUUCUUCUGCCUUCUCGGCUAUUGGGGCCUUAAUGAGAUUGCGGUAGAGUUGGAAAAUCCGUUUGGGGAUGAUGACAAUGACUUGCCGUUAAAGCAAGUUCAUACGGUUUUUGUAAAAGGCAUUCGAGAUUGCGCAGGAGACCUGACCGGCCUCAACGACGAUAGACACGAGUUGAGUACUGAAUUGAAGAAAAUUCAUGAGGAAUUGGAGGCUCUCGGCGUGCCCGAGUCACGCUACUUUUCGGAACAGCUGGGAAUCGUUGAUUUGUCGAGGCUUAGUAAAAGCGAAUUGAGAACAAGAUUUAACAGCGCUGAGGUUGCGGUCAGGGUUCACAGGCGUAUUGCUGAGUUGUCCGGAGGUAUUAUAUUCGACGUCCUUCCCUUCGUCCCUCCGACGAUCAAACAUCCUUUUGCUGUGCAGAUAUUCGCUAUUAUACUCGGCUACGUUAUAGUGUUUAGGACGGACAUGGCGCUGAAUAGGUACUGGGAGGGUGUGACAAACGUUCACUUGAUGAUCUCCAAAUGGGGCGAUGCCUUCAUGCAGAUCAACAGCUUUAUCAACGUCACAGUUCGUACAUGUUCGGAAGAGGAAAAAUUGACCGCCGACUUAACUAUAACUGUUUUGAAGAGCCAUUCGCUGUUUAUUGCUUAUGCUGGGAAAUGGAUGGCUCGCGAGGAAUAUGUUUUCACUCAGAGAGGAGAGUUGGAGGAUAUACGCGGUUUGCGGACAGCUUUCAAGCACCGUUCGAUCCACCCCUCUCGAGCUGGGGUCGCCGUUGGACGUUUGAAUGAGGCAGUGAAAGUGAAUCAGCUGGAAUGCUUUCCCGACAAGACUUGUAUCAUAUCGUUGUGGAUCCAAGAAGCUCUCACGAGGCUGGUCGUUCGAGGCCUCAUCAAGGAAAUCUCCACUGGGAUGCUGGGAUAUAAUCAGGCACUCAAAGUCUCGCAAGUGCCGUUCCCGUUCCCAUUCGCCCAGAUGGUCUCCCUUUUGCUGCUCAUCUUCCUUUUCAUGUGCCCUAUUAUGGUUGUCAAGAUGACGGAAGGUACUGUCCUGUCGCCGAUCCUCUCAUUCUUCUGCCUCCUCGGCUAUUGGGGCCUCAAUGAGAUUGCGGUAGAGUUGGAAAACCCAUUCGGGGAUGAUGACAAUGACUUGCCGUUGGAGACGAUUCACACAGAGUUCGUCGAUUCGCUUCAAACGUGUGCUGUUGUCGGCCCAGCGAAGCCUUUUCAUCACUCUAGUCUGGCGGAGAUGGCGGGGGAGCAGCUGAAGACUUUCAAGGAAGCUUCAUUGAACUUUCCGGAGUGCGCACUAGCAUCGAGCAGAGAAAAACAAUUUUCGGCUGUUAUCGAGAUUAAUAACGAGUUGGAUAAGAUGGGCAUCAGAAGUUUGCAUUUCGGACCGGAGGUGAUCUUGAAUGACCUAUUGCUGCUGACGCUGACAGACCUUCGACACCGAUUCGGACCGGUGGCUUUGAGAGUGUACAGACGCAUUCAAGAGUUGGCGGCAGAGUCGGGAGUGGUAGAUGUGAAGCAUCUGGCUAUGGUGAAUCGGUUUCGAACUCAUGCUGUUCGCUAAUUGAGGAUUCGGCCAUACCUUGUCAUUUUC